GUGUGAGUGCAGAUUAGCUAGACACGCCAGAGGACUUACAUUGAUCUUGCAUGAAAGCAUACGAUAGCACUGCUGAUAAUGCAGAUGCAGAUGCCCUCCAAUUAUCGAAACAUCUACUCUAAAGGUCUCGUAGGGCUCGAUGGCAUAUAUUGGUACCCUAAGCAAGGUAAAUAUACACAGCAAGGAAGCUUACGCCAUCAUUAGCGGGACAGAACGUUAUUCUACGGAUUCUAUAAUUGUUCACAUCCACCUUAUACAGGCAAUUGGUCCGUUGUUGCAAUCGCAAUAUUAGCCAUAGACUUCAGCUGUGCCCUUGCCUCCAACGGCUUGAAGCUAUCAGACUUCCCCAGAACCUCCUUAACGACUGCGAUGUCCUCAUCUCAUUGAUCCUCAUUUGACAGCGCUCUGUACUUGCACUGAUACUGGCACUGACGUGUUGGACAUGGCAUGUAUCACACUACCGCAUGUAUAACAGCAGCAACUGCGGCUUCAGUCUCGCUGUAAAUAUUGACAUCCUCAAUGUGUUCCGAACCUGGUCUAGAAUUGGAAUGCGAAUGAACAACUUCUUCGUCGCCAGCUCUAUCUCAAGAGAAUGAGGGCAUUCAGAUGGUGUUGUCACGAUCCGUGAUCUAAAAAGCUGAUGGCAUCUGCACUAAUCGUCGAAUAGCUAGCCAUCAAUAUGAGCAUCAUCGUUAUUUACCCAGUACCUAUCAAAGCAAGAACGAACCAUGAUAUUAAAACUCUUUGGGAAGCAACUGCCAGAUAAAAUCUUUACUUGAGCCUUUGACACGAUUUCCUUGUCUCAGCUGAAGAUUGUUCAACAAUCACUCAAAACCAAAACCACUGUUCUUUACAUCACAACACCACAGCACAUCAAAGAAUCGACCAAGCAUCCAAGUUCGAGCAUUCAUUCUUGAUCAUGGCUACAGCUGCAACUACCGAUACUGGUGCACCAGUUUCGCAGCCGACUAGCAUUACAACUAAACUUUUCUCUGCUCAAGAAAAUAUCAGCCUAAUCGGUAUACCACAACUAGGAUUUGGAGUUUAUCAGUGUAAAGGACAAAAAUGUAUCGAUGCUGUCCUCGCCGCAUUGAGAGCUGGUUACAGGCAUAUUGAUACUGCUCAAUACUAUGAUAACGAAAAGGAAGUUGGUCUUGCCGUCGCAGAGUUUAUGAAAGAAACCGGCACAGAGCGCAAGGAUAUAUUCAUCACAACCAAGAUCCUAACACCUGCUGGAUCGGUUGAAAAAUCUUUUGAGAAAUGCCUGAAGAGUAUUGAAGCUCUUGACGGCGAGAAUUGUUACGUUGAUUUGUUCUUGAUCCACAGCCCAAAUUGUGGAGCUGAAAGUCGUUUGGAGAUGUGGGAUGCCCUCCACAAACUUUACAGUCUCGGAAAAUCACAUAUGAUUGGAGUCUCAAACUUUGGUAUUGGACACAUCGAGGAGUUGCAAAUCGCUAGGCCAUUUAUUUCUCCUCACGUGAAUCAGAUAGAGUUACAUCCUUUUUGCCAACAGCGAAUUAUAGUUCAAUACUGUAAGGUCAAUGGCAUUCAUGUUGAAGCUUACUGUCCAGUGGUCAGAAAUCAGAGGAGUAAUGAUCCGGUUCUUCAAUCCAUCGCGACCACUCACAAUAAAAGCGUUGCUCAGGUAUUGAUACGAUACGCUUUACAAAAGAAAUGGAUCCCCCUUCCAAAGAGCGAAACUCCAUCAAGAAUCGUCGAAAACGCCGAUGUUUUCGACUUUGUCAUCUCUGAAUCGGAUAUGCAUCGUAUGGAUGGACUGGAUGAAGGCAGCGAAGGUUCCAUUGUCCAAGCUGUUACUAACAGAUGAGGAAGUUCAGAUUACGGGUCAUCAACCUGAUAGAAUGAAUUUGGUGGGCAACUUACGUUUGACCCUCGGAGCUCAUGCAUCGAAUAGGCUCCACAGAUAUCUAUUAUGAGCAUAAAUUGGGAGAAUCAUUUGCAAGUUUGAACUUUCGGAGACAUUCUUGAAGGGCAGUCACUGAGAUAUGCAUGUUACCAAAGCAUUGUUUAGCGAGUCUAAUGUCUGAAAAUUCAAAAAUUCAUUUGCUCUUUUUAUGUUUCUUCAUAUCGGUCUACUUAAUUGUUAUGUAUCACGCAAUUGAAGUAGCCGCAGUGUAUGUUGGAUUUGUUGGUUGUGAUCCUACCUACAGCUUAGGCGCCGAGCGAACGACGAUGAUGAGAAAUUCCCCGCCACCAACUUCCAUAAUUAACUGUGACA